UUCUCUGUGUGAUGUGGUGCGGGCUCUGUGCGGAUUGGCUGUCUGUGGUCACGUGAGUCGGACUGAAGAUGGCUGCGCCGGUAGAUGAAGAGUUUGAGGAUGCCCCAGAUGUAGAGCCGCUGGAGCCUACCCUGCUCAACGUGAUAGAGCAGCGCUCCCUCCGCUGGAUCUUUGUAGGAGGGAAGGGCGGAGUGGGCAAGACCACGUGCAGCUGUAGCCUGGCAGUGCAGUUGUCUCGGAUUCGGGAAAGCGUGCUGAUCAUUUCCACAGACCCCGCCCAUAACAUCUCCGACGCCUUCGACCAGAAGUUUUCCAAGGUCCCUACGAAAGUGCGCGGCUAUGAUAAUCUCUUUGCUAUGGAGAUUGAUCCCAGCCUGGGAGUGGCUGAGCUGCCAGACGAGAUAUUUGAGGAGGACAACAUGCUUAGCAUGGGCAAGAAGAUGAUGCAGGAAGCCAUGAGUGCCUUUCCUGGAAUAGAUGAGGCUAUGAGUUAUGCGGAGGUGAUGAGGCUGGUAAAAGGAAUGAAUUUCUCAGUAGUGGUCUUUGACACGGCUCCUACAGGGCACACGUUACGACUCCUCAACUUUCCAACCAUUGUGGAGCGAGGUCUGGGAAGGUUGAUGCAGAUUAAAAACCAGAUCAGCCCCUUCAUUUCCCAGAUGUGCAACAUGCUGGGACUUGGGGACAUGAACGCCGACCAGCUUGCUUCCAAGUUGGAAGAGACUCUCCCCGUCAUCCGAUCAGUCAGCGAACAGUUCAAAGACCCGGAGCAGACGACGUUUAUCUGCGUUUGUAUUGCUGAGUUCCUGUCCCUGUAUGAGACCGAGCGAUUGAUCCAGGAGUUGGCGAAAUGUAAAAUAGACACUCAUAACAUCAUAGUGAACCAGCUGGUGUUUCCUGAACCUGAGAAGCCAUGCAGGAUGUGUGAAGCCCGACACAAGAUCCAGUCAAAAUACCUAGACCAGAUGGAGGACCUGUAUGAAGAUUUCCACAUCGUGAAGCUCCCUCUCCUCCCGCAUGAAGUUAGGGGAGCAGAAAACGUGAACACAUUCUCUAACCUUCUACUGGAGCCAUACAAACCUCCAAGUGGGAAGUGAGGGGUUGGGAUGCGGGGUGGUUACCCACAACACCGUUUUCAUGAACACUACAGAGGCAAGCAAGACAGAUGACCUCCCUCUGACAGAUCAGGUUUUACCCCCCUCCAAAAACCUCCUGUCGCCCGCACCCUUAUUGUGGAGGAUUUAUUUAUUGUUUCUGGAAUUUGGGGACCCAAACAAUAUGUACAUCUCACUCCGAUCUCCUUGUUGUCUGUGUAUGUGUCUCGGCCUCAUUCUAUCUCCCUGGACAUUUUGUCUUUUCAUAGUCUCUCAAAAACAUUGAGAAUACUACACUAAAAACCAAUACUAAGCAUGACGCCACUCUAGUUUCAGGGUAUCACUAAUAUACCCCCUCUUUUUCCCCCAAAAAAACACAUACUGUAGUGCUCUGGGAGCGGAGUAUUAAAUUCUCUUUAUACAAA